UGACUAAUUGCGUUUUACUGAUUUAUAACAAUGGAAUGUAAAUUUUUCAUAUAUUUUUUAUCGUUGUUGAUAUUUUUUACUGAUGAUUUAAUCGGUGAAAGAAAGUUCUUUCCAAAUCUUCCGGUUGGUGAAUAUAAACUAAAAUUCCACGGAGCUUUCAUAUGUAAUGAAAGCAUAAACUAUCCCUUGUUUUAUAACAUGCACACAUCACGGGUUUCUGAAACCAAAACUGUCUUGACGGGCAAGUAUAUCGCGAAAAUCCCAUUCGACGACUCUUUAACCCUUGACUUAAACAUGGCGGUAUUAGAUACGGUUGGCGGUUGGAAGUACAAUGCGUUCGUUUACAGACAUUCUAACGCAUGUAGUAGACUGAAGAAGUUUAUGGGAGAAGUAUGGAGGACAUACUUACACAGCUACGAACCAAUAUCAUCCGACUGUCCAAUGGGAAUUGGUAAUUACACUAUGAAUGGUUUCGAUUUGUCUUUACUCGAAAAGUUUAAUUUCCCCAAACAGUUCUAUUAUGGAAUUUACAAGUUAAAAAUACAAUACAUAAACAAAGAGGACGUUCCUGUCGGUUGCCUGUACAUAGUUCUCCAGUUUACACGACCAUGGGAGUAUAAUGUAUAA